AUGGAUUGGUUUCAUUGCAAUCAGUGUUUCCGGAAAGAUGGGUCCCAUUUCUUUGUCACCAGCUGUGGCCAUAUUUUCUGUAAAAAGUGUAUGACUCUGGAAAAAUGUGCUGUUUGUGGAAGUCCUUGCAAGCAUCUGGCGCUUUCUGAUAAUUUAAAGCCUCAAGAGAAGAAGUUCUUCAGAAGCCCUGUAGAGACAGCUUUGCAGUGUUUUAAUCACAUCUCUCAGGUGUGGUGCUUCCAGAAGAAACAAACAGAUCUUCUUAUUGCCUUUUAUAAGGACAAAAUUACAAAGUUAGAAGCAGCUGUGAAGGAAGCCCAGCAAACGGUGGCCAGCCAGAAUACAGAGCUAUCAGAAUUGAGAAAGGAGAAUAGAGAACUGAAGAAAUUUCUAGCCAUCUUAAAGGGAUCGCCAAGCUGCUACUACAGAAGCAGGUUAACCACACCUCGACCAGUGGGCAUUACUUCUCCAUCACAACCAGUUGCUCCACGACCCAGUUCCCAGCAUAGCAGCCAAGUGGUCAGCCGCUCUUCUUCUAUGGAGUCUAUUCCUUGUACAAUGGGUAGCAUUGGUAAUGUGGGUCAGGGAAGCAGAGGCCUGCAGGAAAGGAGCACGCCCAGAGACUCGUAUACUGAAACCCCUUCACCAGCUUCAACUCAUAGCCUCUCUUAUAGACCUUCAUCUGCCUCCUCUGGACAAGGGGUUUCUUUUAGAUCAUUCCUCAGUGGAAAUUCAGGCCACACAAGAGUCUUCACUCCCAGCAAUUCAGGUCAGCUGGAAAACAGAUCCACACCAGAGAAUCUUCCUGGUUUUCAACUUCCAGUCCUACAGACAUUCUACCAACAGAGGCAGAUGGGAUUAAGCAGGAGAGAUGGAUGGAGCAUUUCCAGAUAGAAGUCCCUCUUCCAGGUCUGAUCUGUGCGUAGUGCUCACAGAUGUACUGCAGUCUAGUACCACUAGAGGAUAUGAGCUUGGAACAUGGUUUUAU